AUGCACGGGACCGCCCGCGCUGCAGCCACCAGCGUGAGCGCCGACUGCUGCAUCCCAGCCGGCCUGCGCCUCGGGCCCGUGCCCGGCACCUUCAAGCUGGGCAAGUACCUGUCAGACCGCAGGGAGCCCGGGCCCAAGAAAAAGGUGCGAAUGGUGAGAGGGGAGCUUGUGGACGAGUCGGGGGGUUCUCCUCUGGAGUGGAUAGGGUUAAUCCGGGCAGCCAGGAACUCCCAGGAACAGACGCUGGAAGCUAUUGCAGACUUACCCGGAGGACAGAUCUUCUACCAAACACUUCGAGACGUCCAACCAGGGGAGGAACUGACUGUGUGGUAUUCCAAUUCCUUGGCUCAGUGGUUCGACAUCCCCACAACUGCUACUCCUACACACGACGAGAAAGGGGAGGAGCGCUACAUUUGCUGGUACUGCUGGAGGACGUUUAGAUAUCCCAACAGCCUUAAGGCUCACCUACGCUUCCACUGCGUGCUCAGCGGCGGCCGCGCCUUCCUGCACCAUGAGCACGCGGCUCGCCAAGGCGUCAACCCAGCCCCGGAUGGCCUUCGCCUCUCUCCGAAACCCUCGACGCCUGACUUCUCCGGGGUCAUCUCGACGGACACUCUGCGGCCCCAUCCGCAGGCACCGUCGCCCCCUCAGACCUGCGGGACGCGGGAGGGCAUCAAGCGCGAGGUGUCCUCCGCGCCCUCAGCCACUUCGUCGCCCCCGGGCAAGUGGGGGCCGCCCAAGAAGGGCAAGGAGCAACCGGAGCGCGCCCUUGACAUGAGCGGGGCCGCUCGCGGACACUUUCUCGGCAUCGUGGGCAGCUCCCCGGUGGGGGGCGGGGGCCUGGCCUUCUAUCCCGGCGUGCACUCUGCCUUCAAACCCGCUGGCUUAGCCAGGGCGGUCACAGCCGCGCACGGCGACCCCUACAGAGAGGAGAGCACUGGCAGGCCAGGGACCAGUCUGGCCUUGGGCAGACUGCUGGGCGGGGGCCGGCAGGUCGGGCGCCCCCGAAGCGGGGAGAACGCGGGGGCAGGUGGUGCCAACCACCAUCAUCAUCACCACGCGCACCACCACCACCACCACCCCAAGUGCCUGCUCGCGGGAGACCCGCUGCCGCCCCCUGGCCUACCAUGCUCAGGAGCUCUGCGUGGCUUUCCUCUGCUCCCAGGCCCCGCGGAUGAGGCAUCCGCUUUCAAGCACGUGGAACGCGUCCCGCCAGCUGCAGCCGCCGCGCUGCCUGGCGCACGUUAUGCGCAGCUGCCCCCUGCGGCAGGGCUGCCCCUUGAGCGCUGCGCGCUGCCGCCCCUCGACGCGGGAGGGCUCAAGGCCUACCCAGCUGGCGAGUGCAGCCACCUGCCAGCCGUCAUGCCGACCUUCACAGUCUACAACGGGGAGCUUCUCUACGGCUCCCCGGCCGCCGCCGCUUAUUACCCGCUUAAACUGCACUUCGGCGGGCUACUCAAAUACCCCGAGUCCAUCUCCUACUUCAGCGGGCCCGCGGCGGCGGCAGCGGCAGCGGCAGCAGCCGCCCUGAGCCCCGCUGAGCUGGGCUCCCUGGCCAGCAUCGACCGGGAGAUAGCCAUGCACACGCAGCAGCUGUCGGAGAUGGCGGCCGGGAAGGGUCGCGGACGCCUGGACGCGGGGGCGCUGCCGCCCGCCAUGGUGGCGAGCGGUGCAGGGGGUGGCGGGGGCGUGGGCAAGCCCAAGACCGGGCACUUGUGCCUCUACUGCGGCAAACUGUACUCACGAAAGUACGGGCUCAAGAUCCACAUGCGGACGCACACGGGCUACAAGCCACUCAAGUGCAAAGUGUGUCUGCGGCCCUUCGGCGACCCCAGUAACCUCAACAAGCACAUCCGGCUGCACGCUGAGGGCAACACACCUUACCGCUGCGAGUUCUGCGGCAAGGUGCUCGUUCGCCGCCGGGACUUGGAGCGCCACGUCAAGUCCCGCCAUCCAGGCCAAAGCCUGCUCGCCAAGGCAGGCGAGGGCGCGGACGCCGAGCCUGGCUACCCCCCGGAGCCCGGGGAGCCCAAGAGUGACAACGAUAGCGACGUGGAUGUCUGUUUUACGGACGACCAGAGUGACCCAGAAGCCGGGGGCGGCGAGCGCGAUUCGUAA